AUGUCUGAUUCAAACCACCCAGAUUACAGUGGCACCGUAGCCAUUCUACUUAUAGUCGUUCAUACUGUACUUGAUUCACUCGCUGUACUGAUCCGAUUCUGGUUUCGAAUGAUAAGUAUUACCAAGCUAUGGUGGGAUGACUGGCUGGCCCUUAUAGAUUUGGCAAUCUGCUAUGGACAGGCAGGUGCCGCAAUUUUCUGGGUACAUAUUGGUCUAGGAAAACACCCCAAAAACGUAUCCCCGGCGGAGAAUAUUACCUCGGGUCUCAAGAUGCUGUAUGCAGAAUAUGUCCUCUUUGAGUUAGGAAUAUCCGUUGCAAAGCUAUCGGUCCUUUGCUUCUAUGCACGUAUCUUCAGGGUCAACAAGCGGUUCUCUACAGCUCUCUGA